GAUUGGACUGUGGCCGAGGAACAGAUAAUCGAUUUGGAAUCGUAAUCAUAUAUGCUCCCGUCGUCUUCCCAUUUACUCACCGAGUCCCACUCUCUUCUUGUCCUACCCCUUGUGACUCUCAACCUUUUUUUUCCUUUCCAGAAUUUACCUAUUCAUUUUUUUUCACUUUAAACCACCACGUUCCCCUCCCCUUCCCUCUUACAGGCGCGUGGUGCUCAAAUUCAUCACCUCUCACGUGAAUUUAGCAAAUCUUAUAGGAGUUACCACGUGGAGGCCAUCAACGAGCAUUGUAAUUACAGCCGUCGGAUAAAGUGUGUUAACUCCAGUUUCAGUUACUCCAUUUAUUAUUUAUUAAAAGCACUGAACAGUUUGAACCGUCUGUGGGAGAAUAAUAAAAGAAGCCAUCGAAUCGAAGGGCCAAACUAGCCGAGGUUGACACCAAUAACUAACAACAGUGGAUUUUGGAAUCAGGUGGGAAUGCAACGUGUACGAGGCAACGAAAUCCGACGUGGCGGACAUGUAGGACAAGAUUGUUUGUUUGAUCGGACGGUAAAGGAGAGUCAGAAAUUAAAAGGCGCGGAUUAAAUGGGACUUGGGACUUGAGAGUUGGGAUGAUGCAUUUAAAAGCGAGCGAGAAGAGCUUGGGAAGUGAAUCUCUCGAACAAAAGGUUUGUUUAAUCUUCAAUGGUGGUUUUGGUUUUGAUCUAUGAAGGAAGUGAAAAGUGUGAUUGUUUUUGUUUAUUGUUUGGGGAAAGGAGAUUCGUUGCAUUAAUGAGUUUUUCUCUGUAAUUCAAGUUGUUUAAAAAGAGUUUUUCCAAACAUUUGCUUUCCUUUUGAGUUUUUUUUAUGCUAUUUUUAUCUCUUACUAUUACUUUUUUUUUUUGGCUUUAUCUUUCUUUGUUACUCUUUCAGCGCUUUAUUUCACGAAAAACCUGAUUCUCUGAACACGAGGAAUUAAUUACUUUUACCUUAUUUCUUUUGAAAAAAAUUCAAUCUCUCAGUUUUCAGCUUUGUUCUUCUGUUUGUCUCUGCUCUCUUUUCCUCUGCUUUCUCAGCUGAGAGGAAAUGGAGACGCUUUUAAGCUCUUUGCUAAUCUCCAAACAGACAAAAAGAGAGAGAAACGGAGAGACAACAGCAAGAUUAGGCAAGGCAACAACUAAAUCUGAUUUAUUUUCACUUUCCAUGGAAAAAAACAAAACCCAAACGCCACUUUUUCGAUUUUCUUUCCGGCUUACUUUUUGCUUAUAACUAAACCCACCAAAAAAAGAAAAACCCCAUUAAUGUCAUCUCAUUUUUUCUUCUUUCUUCUAUCUCUUCACUUCUGAAUUGUACCCAUGGAUGCAUUAAAACGAAGCUUUCUCUGACCCUUUAUGUUUUUGUUUCUUGUUUUCAUUCAUGUAAUUGAAGAAGCCCUGAAAAUGGAGAAGAAGAAAAUUUUGGGUUGAAGCUUUUGAGGCGGUGUUUCUUAUGAGUGAAUUUGGAUCUUUUUUGUUAUUAUUAUUAUUUUUUUGUAACCGUGAAAGCCGUUUUCCAAGAGGGAACUGCCAAGUGAUAGCUAGAUGUUAGUAAUGUUAGCAUGGAUAUGAUAUCAACAGAAAUGGACAAGAGUCGAGACGUGAGGCGUGUAACAAGUCGGUUCUCACGACAACAGAUUAACAAUACAAGCAACAAGCAACAACAAUCUCGACCCAACCUCAUCUUUGAGUUUAAAUGGCUUUGUUCGUCCAUUGAUUUUGAAUGUUGCGAUGGAGGUGUUGGUGGGGACUUUGUUUGUUUAGAGAAACCGAAGAAAGAGAAAAUAAGAAGACUGAGCAGCGUUAAUGGUAAUAGAGGCAGUCCCACUCCCUGUCCCUAUAGCAACCAACGCUGUGAAACUGAAAUGGGUAGUUGUUGUUGCUGUGAUUUGUCUCCUGAUAAUAGUGAAAGUCAGUGUCCUUCACAGUCACAUCAUUCUUCUUCUCUCAUCACUAGUUCCACCACCAAGAGAUUUAAGAUUCCCAAAAAGUUUUUUGAUGACUGCAAUGUCGUUGAUCAUGCCUCUGUUCCACGGAAGCUGCGGUCAGCCAUGAAGAAGCGCGGUUGCGAAUCCAUCUCCCCGCCUUUACCAGAUUCAAAGAAACUGAACCAUACACUUGGUGGAGGCGAAUCGCAUAAAAAGGAUGGUGUAAAGAAACCCAAACUGAAUUUGAAACAAGGAGAGUCAGACUGGUCCAGGAAGGGAACUGUUUCUGGGCCAAUCACAAAAGAUGAGGAAGAGGUUGUGGAGACCCUGUAUGCUUUGGCAGGAAUGUUCCCUGAGGGUGACUCAAUGGAUAAGAAUAAAUUGAGUGGUGAAUCAAUGGAAGUAAAAUCUUCAGCUCCUCUAGAGACAUCAGAGAGUCCCGUCACAACACGUGAAGUUAAAAAGGAAGAUACGAACUCAGUUUGCCAUCCACAAGCUGCUGAGACUGGUCCUUCAGCCACUAUAGAGGAGUCAUCCAAUGAAGUUGCUGAACUCAUUUCUUUGAAUGGACCUGCUACUCAAUAUCAGCCUGGCUUGCCCUGCAGCAAAAAGUCCCGUAAAGAACCAGAUAGUACUAUUUCUCAAAUAAGGCCGAAUACUACCAUCCCUUCGUUGGCUAAGAGUGAAUCUGAUGCUGAGAAGUCAUCUUGCAUUCAUGGCAACUUUCAUGUUCUCUCUGAACCAAGCUUAGAAACUGGAUUGAAGCAGCCCAAGCAACAGGUGACCAAUCUUUUUGAGAGAAAGCCAGAGAUGGCAUUUGGGGUUACUACUGUUGAAAGGCAAAUGGCACAGCAACAUAUGAUCGAGGAGCCAAGAAAAAAUGGUCUUGCAUUGUGGCCAGGCUUGUCUUCUUCUGUGCCCCUUGUAGCUGGGAGGAGCCCUGGUGGUUCUUCACCAUCAUCUGCUACUAAAAUUCCAGCUUGGUUGGAUGCUGCAAUGUAUGGCCCCAGGACAUGUUCACUAGAAAGUGGUUCUUCAACCGAAAAGGUUUUGGAACCCAACAUGGAUAGGAAGUCAAUGAAGAGGUGUGCUACUCAUGUUUAUAUCAGUUGUCUCAUUCGUAAUUUACAGAUGCAAGACAGCAAAGACAGCACUCUUCAACAGCCUUUUCAAUUGAAACCCCAUUUAGGAUUAAAGCAGACAGCUCUUUUGUAUCCCAACAAUUGCAGUAAUUUGAGAAAUGGUAUAAAUGGCACCAUGCCUAGUAUCCGUUCUGGCCAUUCUACUACUGAUAGAAGUUCUUACGAAGCUAGAAGUGGCAUUCUGGAGAAAAAACUGCUCCAUCAGGAACAACCACAGGUUGCUUCAGCAUCUGGGAUGCACACUUCAGAGAGGCAGAGUUUUGAUUUCUUGUCUUUGUCGGCUGGAUGCAUUGGUAUGGAAGCUAAUAACAGCCCUAAGAUAGCUGGAAAUGCAAUUGAAUCGUUGCAACAACUCCAAGUUCCUUACCUUCAUUCACUUCCACAACAUCAGUCACUCUUGCCUUUCUCAAUACUCUCUUCUCGUUUUACCUCCUCUGCUUACACAGACCAGCUUUCAGCAGGAAAAGCUGCGCAGCAGGUCCAACUGCACCUACCUCAAUAUCUUAGUAACCCUUACUGUGGCCCUCCCUACACAAGUCAGUCAGGUGUUGCAAAACCACAGCAGCAACAGCAACAACAACAACGAUUUUGGGCAGCUCACCUAGCAGCUCAGUACAGGCCUGGGGGAACUUCCGCAGUCUUUACCCAAUUUCCAAGUUGGCCGAAUGGGAAGCCUGAGUCUUCAACAUUGAUGCCCUGUGCUCAGACUGCCAUCCCUCCCCAUUCAACACUAGAUGCUGUUGGGCCCAAGUACAAUACAGUCCCACAAUAUCAGCAGCCAAAAGUUGCCAUUUCUUCAUCAUUGCCCCCAGCCAGAUUUAAAAGGCCAGAUCACCAUAUUCCAUACCUUCUUGAAGAAGGCAGUGAUGGAUUUCGCGCUGCUGGGCCAUCGCCAUUGCAGUUACUAUGCAAUGAGCGCUUCUGAAGUUUGAAGUAGAAAGUUC